GUGCUCUCGCGCUCCUAGAGCAGUGCUUGGUCCUGGCUCCUGGAAAGGGCGGCAGCCACGAGCCUGGCCCAGCUGGACGGGUUCGAGUACAAGUAGCUUUAUGAGCACGUUGUUGUUGGCUGUGGGGAUAAGACCGGUUACUGGCGUGCCAAGGGUUGAGCAGUGACCUCAAGUGGAAAUCGGGGUGCAGAAGUCAACUCAGACUUUGCACUGGGGACACAAUGCCAUGCUCCUGUCAAGGCCAGGUUCUAGGAUGGUCCCUAGCUUGGGAUAGGGGUUCAGUAAGCGGAAGACAGAUGUGGACUUCCUGGGCUGUGCUUCCUGUGGCACUGGACAGUGGACUCUGACCUGGGACAGUGCAGCCCUCCACCUCCCUGUCCUGUUACCCGCUGUGCCUGACAGGACCGCCAUGCUGUCCCCUGGGGCAGUGUUAUUCUUCACCCUGCUCUUGACAACCAGUUCACUGGGCCAAAGGGCUCGAAAGCCCUCUGGGUCUACAUCCCCCAUCAGCACCAUCCAGGCCCAGGCCAAUUUCAAUGCUCAGCAGUUUGCAGGGACGUGGCUCCUUGUGGCUGUGGGCUCUGCAUGCCGCUUUCUUCAGGAGCAGGGCCACCGGGCCGAGGCCACCACAUUGCACACAGCUCCCCAGGGUACAGCUAUGGUCGUCAGCACCUUCCGAAAGCUAGAUGGGAUCUGUUGGCAGGUACGCCAGCUCUUUGGAGACACAGGGGUCCCCGGUCGCUUCUUGCUCCGAGGGACCCGUGGGCCAGUGCAUGUGGUUGUCGCCGAGACUGACUACCAGAGCUUUGCCAUCCUGUAUCUGGAGAAGGCGAGGAAGCUGACUGUGAAACUCUAUGCCCGCUCACUACCCGUGAGUGACUCUGUCCUGAGUGUGUUUGAGCGGCGAGUCAGAGAAGCCAACCUGACGGAACACCAGAUCUUUUUCUUUCCCAAGUAUGGUUUCUGCGAGACUGCGGACCAGUUCCACAUCCUGAAUGAGGUUCGGAGAUGAGGCUGCCUGGCGGAGAAGCUGUGGACAGUGGCCUGCCCUCAGAGAGUUCUGAGCACCCUGAACUCGCUCUUGGAGUCUCUCCUGUCUGUCCCCAGGAGCAACCCUUCACACAGCUCUGCUGUUUUCCGGCUUCUCAGUAAACAUCAGACGUGGCCCUGGG